GAACAGUCUUUGAUGUGAAAACUGUUUCGCAUUAAGAAUUACAGAAAACAAGAGGAAUUUUCAGAAUGGUGCAUGAUAGUAAAGUGGAUUUUGAAAAUAAAGAGGCACUUCAAAGUCUUACUCGUGAUAAAGUGAAUUUAUCGUUGUCUUGGUACAAUUUGUCCGUUUAUGUGAAAACAAAAAAGAACAGGCUUUUUAGAAAUGCCAUAAUGAAACAGAUAAUCUAUAAUGGUUCUGGUGCCGUUCGGACAGGGCAGAUUGUGGGUCUUAUGGGUCCAAGUAGUUCAGGAAAAACUACUUUACUGACAGCUUUGGCUCAUCGAUACCAAGGUGGCAUGGUUGUGGAAGGAGAAGUUAAACUUAAUAGAAAUAUAGUGGACAAGAGUUUGAGGCAUGUUUCUGGAUUUAUGUUUCAGGAUGAUUUUUUUCUAAAAGUACUGACUGUCAGGGAACAUUUAAUGUUUUCGGCUAGGUUAAAAAUGGACAAAAAGACAUCAAAUGAAGAAAGAAAGGCAAGAGUAGAAGCACUAUUAGAUGCACUAAUGUUGAGAAAAGUAGCAAAUUAUCGAAUUGGCGGUUUGGCACAACAAGGCGAAAAGGCAUUAUUGUCAGGAGGAGAAAAGAGAAGGCUGUCUUUGGCUACUGCAAUGAUAAAUCUUCCCAAGCUGUUAUUUGCCGAUGAGCCAACUACCGGCCUGGAUUCUUAUAACGCCCAUCAAAUCAUUAAUCUUUUAAAAACUGUUUCACAAGCCACUGGCACACCGGUGUUAUGUUCAAUUCACCAGCCCAUGCCUGAAACAUUUGCACUAUUCGACAAAAUUAUAUUGCUUGCUGAGGGUCAUUUAAUGUUCAGUGGGGCACCAGGAGAUGCUGUUAAAUUUUAUAAAAGCUGUGGGUUUGAAGAGGAUAAAUUCAUGAGUCAUGCUGAAUUUAUUGUGAACUGUAUUUCACCCAUUCAAGGAUCGCAUAUGGAAAACAAACAGAAGCUGGAAGUGUUGUCAGAUGAAUUUUUCAAUUCGAAAUAUUACGGUUUAUUCAAGGAAGAAAUAAAUAGUAUUGAUAGGCUUUACGAAAAAAGUGAUCACAUUUGUUCUACAAGCUUCCAUGGCCAAUACUGGUUAAAGAAGCUAUGGCUGUUGAUCUGGAGGAAUUCACUCGUGGAAGUUAGAUCUCCAGAAAGACAGUGGCUUACUAUUUUACAAAAGCUUGUAUUGGCGACAGUGUGUGGGCUUUGUUUUUCUACAAUCUCAAAUGCAGAUCAGGAUGGAAUUCAAGGCGUUCAAGGGGCGAUUUAUUUGUUAGUUACAGAAAAUACAUAUGCGCCUAUGUACAGUAUAAUGUACUUAUUUGUUAGAGACUAUCCACAGUUUGUCACAGAGUACUACAAUGAUACUUACUCUGAGACAACUUUUUACAUUGCAAAAGUGAUUUCAACCAUUCCUGGGUAUGUGCUUGAAUCGUUGGCUUUUACGUUGAUUUUGUACACAAUGGCAAAUCUCAGGCAAACGAUUUAUGCAAUCCUGAUGACACAAUUAUUUGCAUUUUUAUGUAUAAUUAUUUCUUCAGCAUUUGGUACAUUAUUUUCAAAUAUUUUCAACAGUGUACCGACGGCGAUCACAUACAUGGUCCCAAUAGAUUAUAUAAUGAUGAUUACCGCUGGUAUAUUCGUUCAUUUAGGAUCUUUAAACUGGGCACUGCAAUGGUUAAAAUAUUGUUCUUGGUUCUAUUAUGUAUACGAGUCUUACACCAUACUUCAGUGGCAAGGGAUUGAACAAAUAAGUUGUUCAACAAAUCAUACUGAAAUCCCUUGCUUAUCCAGUGGAGAUCAAGUGAUUGCCCAUUACAAUUUUUUCCCUGGCAACCUUGUUAGAAAUGUUUAUGCUCUAAUUGCCAUGUUUUUAUUAAUACAUGUAAUUGGGCUAUUAUUUUUUAUAAGGAAAGUUGAAUUUAAUAACCCCCAUUUUCCCAUUUUAUACCUCAUGUAG